GUCAAAUAUAAUUCUCGUUCCUUCUCCUUUCCUCGGUACUGUUUGGGAGAGGCGAAAACAAAAGCAGCUCAGGCCCGGCCCGAUCCCGGAUCUUCGCCGCCGGCGACGCCGGUUGGAGAGGUGAUGGGGGAGGUGCGCGGUGCUCUAUAGUAUCUAGUAGGUGUAGUUCUAGUUUUUCCUUAGAGGAGUUUGGCCUAGUGCCGGAGAUUGGCGUCAUGCCGAUGAGGAUUUUGCUGUCGGCGCGCCCGAGCCGCGUUCGGUGGUUCCUGGCGAUGCUCUUGUUGGUGGUGGCGGUUGGCUCGCUGCUGCUGGAAGCAGGCGCGCUGGAAUCCUCGGAAAUAAGCUCGAUGUCUCCCCUGGUAUGCAGGAAUCCCCUUCGCUUGCUCUCGCCGACGGCAGUCACCAUGGUGGUGGUCAAGUCGACAGGGACUGGUAUGAAGACUGUUCUUGCGACCGGUUCCAGAGCAAAUCAUCGAUGGUGCUUGAGCUUUGGCGCUCCCGGCGGACAGCCGGCUUGCAGCGCCGCCGCGCCACCGAAUCCUCUGGCCGAAGGGCGGCCAAACCUCUUCCUCCUAGCCUUGAAGCUAUAUGGGAGGCAGUGCUACUCUAGAUCGAUGUUCAUGGCUUGCUGCGGUGAAGAACUCGUCGGACCAAGUGGUGAUGUCCCCGGAGCCGGCGAGUUUGGAGUCGAUCGGGAGUGGCUUGGACCUGAUUGCGUUCCUCUUCAGAUCUUUGGGGUCCUUUCUGCAUAUUUCAGGGACUGCUUUGUAAUUUUCAGUUUGUUGUGUGUCCUGUUGUUCUGGCUUGUACUACGGUAUUGUAAUAUCAAAUAAAGUCUGGGGUCCUUUUGGACCCUGCCCUUGUUCAAAAAAAAAAAUAGUCAAAUAUAAUAGGUAAUAUGUAUUUUUAA